UUAAAGUAUAUUCAAUUGAAAAUCAUAAAGAUUAUUUUAGUAAUAAAAUACUUAAAAUAUAUGGAAUAUCUCAGAAUCCAGAUACAAAGGAACAUACUAUGAUUCUUGAUUAUGCAAAAGGCGGAGAUUUUAAUUAUUGGAUGAUUAAAAAUUAUAAUGAUUUUAAUUGGUCAAGAAAAUUAAUUAUAUUAUUUAAUAUUAUUAGAGGUCUUGAAAAAAUUCAUCAAAAACAAAUGGUUCAUCGUGAUUUCCAUACAAGAAAUAUAUUAUUAAAUGAUAUUAAUGUUAAUGAUUACAUGAAUGACAGUAUUAUACAUAUUUCAGAUAUGGGAUUAUGUGGUGAAGUUAAGAAUAUCGAUCACAAUGAUAAUAUUUAUGGAGUUAUACCUUAUGUAGCUCCUGAAGUGUUAAAAGGAAAACCUUAUACUCAAGCAUCAGAUAUUUAUAGUUUUGGUAUGAUUAUGUAUUUUGUGGCAACUGGAAAACAACCCUUUGACGAUUGUGCACAUGAUGAGUUUUUAGUAUUAAACAUCUGCAACAAAAUUAGACCUGAAAUAAUUAAUGAGCUGGAAGCACCAAAAUGUUACCUUGAUUUGAUGAAAAAGUGUUGGGAUUCAAAUCCAGAUAAUAGACCAAAAGCAACUGAAAUUUUAAAAUUUAUUCGUUUAUUUAUUGACUCAUAUAAAUAUGAUAGUCAAAAUUUACAUCAUGAAAUUUCAAAAGUACUACUUUAGCUCAUCCACAAGCUAUUUAUAAAUCUCGAUUACUUAAUUCUUUUACAAAAAAUCUUCCAAAAUAUGAUGAUAAUAUUAACAGUAAAUACCAUAGAAGUUAUUGAUUUUACAAAAUUAUCAAUCAAAGAUGAUACCAAUGAAUAAAAGAAUCAAAUUUAUUUUUAGUGUGACAAGUCUUUAAUUUGAAAAUAACCUAUAGCAUUACUACAUUAAUUAUUCAUUCUUGUUUUAUAUAUUUUGAAUUUUGGAAAAUUAAAUUAACGCAUGCAAGUCAUGAGAAUUUACGAUUUGAUUUUCUUGCCUUAUCAUAAAUUUAAUUAAAAAAUUUCUUUUAUUAUAAA